AAUCACAGAGCUUCACCGGGCAGCCUUUGCUGCAGUACGCUGAUUACCACUUUCUUAGCAUCCAGCAAGAUUCCACAGCAGCAAGCACUUGGAGCAGACUCUGCAAGGGAGCUUGUUUAAGGAGUACGUGACUAAAGAAUUGGGUUAUUCUUUAACUGCAGGAGAAGUACCUGUAGUUUCUCCACACAGAUCACCUCCUGGGUUUUUUGCAUUCUUAAUUUAUUGGAGCUUUUGUCCCCCUUUCUUUUUUUGCAAAUAUUCUUAUUACUUAUUUAUUAUUCACCCCCCAAAUCUGUGCUGCAUCACUAGCUCUCAUUAUGCUGUGCUCAGUAGCCCAGUCUGUUCUCCGCCUCUGCUAGGCAGUGGCAGCAUGGAUGGUGCUCUUGUGACGACCUCUGCUGAUUCUAUCAGUCCACUGCGGAUAGGCAUGCUGAGUAAUCCUGCUGUAAAUGGGCGAGGACACGGACACACGAAAAAUUAACCACAGCUUUCUUCGAGACCACAACUAUGUGACUGAAGCUGAUAUUAUUUCUACAGUUGAGUUCAAUCACACUGGAGAACUACUGGCUACUGGGGAUAAGGGAGGUCGGGUAGUUAUAUUCCAAAGGGAACCUGAGAGUAAAAAUGAGCCUUACAAUCAGGGGGAGUACAAUGUUUACAGCACGUUCCAGAGCCAUGAGCCUGAAUUUGAUUAUUUGAAGAGUUUGGAGAUAGAGGAAAAAAUAAACAAGAUCAAGUGGCUACCACAGCAGAAUGCAGCCCACUCCCUUCUGUCAACAAAUGAUAAAACUAUCAAAUUGUGGAAAGUUACUGAACGAGAUAAGAGACCAGAAGGAUACAACUUAAAAGAUGAAGAAGGGAAACUUAAAGAUCUGUCUACCGUAACAUCACUACAGGUUCCUGUAUUGAAACCUAUGGAUUUGAUGGUAGAAGUCACCCCCAGGAGAAUCUUUGCUAAUGGUCACACCUAUCAUGUCAACUCAAUUUCUGUCAACAGCGACUGUGAGACAUACAUGUCAGCUGAUGAUCUCAGGAUUAACCUCUGGCACUUAGCAAUCACAGACCGGAGUUUCAACAUUGUAGAUAUAAAGCCAGCCAACAUGGAAGACCUGACGGAAGUGAUUACUGCAUCCGAGUUUCAUCCCCACCAUUGCAAUCUCUUUGUCUACAGCAGCAGCAAAGGAUCCUUGAGACUCUGUGACAUGAGGGCAUCAGCCCUCUGUGACAAACAUUCCAAACUUUUUGAAGAACCGGAAGACCCCAGUAACAGAUCGUUUUUUUCAGAAAUUAUCUCUUCAGUGUCGGAUGUUAAAUUCAGUCACAGUGGCCGAUAUAUGCUAACAAGGGAUUACCUCACUGUCAAAGUUUGGGAUCUGAACAUGGAAACGAAGCCUAUAGAAACAUAUCAGGUCCAUGAUUACCUUAGGAGCAAGCUGUGUUCCCUUUAUGAAAAUGACUGCAUCUUUGACAAGUUUGAAUGUGCAUGGAAUGGAUCAGACAGUGUUAUUAUGACAGGUGCAUAUAACAACUUCUUUCGAAUGUUUGACCGAAACACCAAGCGGGAUGUUACCUUGGAGGCAUCCCGGGAGAGCAGUAAGCCACGAGCCAUUCUAAAGCCCCGCCGAGUCUGCGUAGGGGGCAAGCGAAGGAAAGAUGACAUCAGUGUCGACAGUUUGGACUUUACAAAGAAGAUCUUGCACACAGCCUGGCACCCAACUGAGAACAUAAUUGCUAUAGCAGCGACAAACAAUCUGUACAUAUUUCAGGAUAAAGUGAACUCAGAAAUGCACUAGAUUGAUCAAUACCUUUCUGUAUUUAUAAACCAGCCUUUUGAGAGUUGUAGAAGGACAUGAUCUUCACAAAAGUGUGGUCAUUGUGGUGGAAUUUCUAGAUUCCCUCCCUCCACCCUCAGUCUGUAUCAUUGUUGGUGGCAACCAACUGUUUUAAAUCACUGCAACUGUAUUGUCUAAGUAAAAAGGCACUACUGUGAAUUCAGUACUGUGGUCUAUGUCUAUUUUUUAAACAAUUGAGUAUUCAUUUCAGGAUUGAUCCUGUGAGGUGCUGAGUACCCUAAACUCUAGUUGACUCUUGAAGGGACAAUGCUUCACAGGACCAGCAUCCUGCUGUGCUGCAUUCUUCCACAGUCUGCAGUGUUUAUCACAUUAUUAGAGCUUUUCACACUGGUCCCUUGAUUUUUUUCAGGAAUGCCUUCCAGACUUUCAAAGUCAAAUAGACUUAUUUAUGAGUGUAGGAAUAGCUGUGUCCCCCAUACAUUGCUACGCAUAGAAGGAAGGCCCUAGACAGUUAGUAAUAUGGAAGCAAAAUAAAUUAUUCUGCUUAUUAACAAGUGACAAGUUGUCCCUAUUUCCCUUAUCACAUUCCCCGUCCCUAGCACUGAGCCCUCAUUAUGGAAUUCCACAAACACUUUUACAAUUUUUUACUUCUGCUACAAAUCUUGACUUUGUAUUUCAGCUUUCUGAGUCAAAAAAUGAAGAGUGCUGUCGAUAAUCUCAGCUACCUUAGUUUAAAAAGGCAGCUUGUUCUGCAAGUACAUUUCCAAUCAUACUGCAGAAUAUGACAAUACUAAUUUCAGUGGGUGCCAUUUGAAAACUCAGGAUUUGCCACUCCAUGGUGACUAUUCAACACAUAUGUAUAUGCAUUAACAAGUGUAUCUUUAUAUGUGCUAUUACAAUGUUGAGUAACAAAGCACUGAGUUAAGCCCUUUUGAAAAUCCCACACGUGAUGUUUACUGCAUCACACUUAUUACUUUAAACUUGGUAUUUGCAGAAUCCCAAGGAAAUACAGGUUUAACUACUAUGAAUGGUAACUCAAGAGUUUAGCAUGGCUCAGUGAAUUUUAAAAUGACUAUAAAAUUACAAGAUGACUCCUGGGUGAAACAGAAAACUAAAAUUCUACUUAAAUUGGUUUAUACAGUUCUUGCUUCAAGUGAAAUUCAAUGUAAAUGGAAGAUAUUUCCAUUAAGAAGUGUAUAGAAAUGGUGCACCAUUUUGGAAAUGCUUUUUAAUCUAGGAAAUCUUUCUGCAUGACUUAUAAAAUCUGCCAAAAAAUUAUUACCCCAAAUGAUUUCUUCUCAACUCAUGAGUAAAGGAGUGUAACUGAUGCAGAUACCUUGGCUGAUCUGCUCUUGUUAAAAAAUCCCUCACUUGGAAAAGGUUCUUUAACAACCUUACCCCAUUCUUCACUGACUUUUUGGAAAAUGGAGAAUGAACUAAUAACUGAACCCGCAUGCUUUUAUAUUAUGAUUUUUGGGGGAAAAUCUACCACCAAGGUUUACAAAAAAAAAAAGAUGACAAAUUUUUAUAUGAAGUCUUGACAU